GAACCUUCCAUCGACUUAUUCUUCUUCUCGUGUGUUGAUUUCGUCGAAGAAUUUCAUCAAUGGCGGAGAAGAGCAAAAUAUUGAUCAUUGGAGGGACUGGAUACAUCGGAAAAUUCAUAGUGGAGGCCAGUGCAAAAUUAGGUCACCCAACCUUCGCCUUGGUUAGGGAGAGCACUGUCUCUGACCCUGUCAAGGGCAAAAUCAUCGAAAACUUCGAGAGCUUGGGAGUCACAUUGAUCUAUGGAGACCUUUACAAUCAUGAGGGCUUGGUGGCAGCAAUUAAGCAGGUCGAUGUGGUGAUAUCAACGGUUGGUCACUUGCAGAUAGCAGAUCAGGUCAAGAUUAUCGCUGCCAUUAAAGAAGCCGGCAAUAUUAAGAGAUUUCUUCCUUCGGAGUUUGGAACUGAUGUUGAUCGCAACAGUGCUGUGGAGCCAGCAAAAUCUGCAUUUGCAGGCAAGGUUCAAAUCCGCCGCGCAAUUGAGGCUGAAGGGGUUCCCUAUACUUAUGUAUCUAGCAACUGUUUCGCUGGCUAUUAUCUCCCUACACUGUCUCAGCCUGGAGCAACUGCUGCUCCAAGAGACAAAGUCACCAUCCCAGGCGAUGGAAAUCGCAAGGCUGUUUUUUCCGUGGAACGAGACAUUGGAACCUAUACUAUCAAAGCUGUAGAUGACCCAAGAACCUUGAAUAAGAUCGUAUACAUGAGGCCUCCUAAAAACACUCUCUCGUUUAACGAGCUCAUUGCGAUUUGGGAGAAGUUGCUUGGGAAGACCCUGGAGAAAACUUAUCUUUCAGAGGAGGAAGUUCUAAAGAGCAUCCAAGAGACUCCAUUUCCGUAUAAUAUUGGUAUAGCAAUCAACCAUUCAGUCUUUGUGAAUGGUGAUCUGACCAACUUUGAGAUUGAGCCAUCAUUUGGAGCAGAGGCCUCUGAGCUAUACCCAGAUGUUAAAUACACCAGUGUGGAAGAAUACCUCCAACAAUUUGUUUGAAUCAUUGUGUAUAUUUACUUGCAUUUGUCAUUGUUACAAUAAAACAUGUAAUUUGGUGGUUUAUAGUUGUCUGCUGAAAUGUACUGUAUUGUGCCUAUGUACUCAGUUCUCUUCCAACGUAAUAUGUGUGAAAAAGAUGCAGCUCCCUCCAAAGUUCUAUAAUCCUAUUAUCUUGUAUC